AUGGAGUAGGUUUCUUGACGUCAAGCCUAUGAAUAUUGUAAGAAGCUUCAGGAUUGUAAGUGCAGUGGGUCUGCUAAUGCAUAGAAAGCAGGACUGUGUGCUAAGCAGGGAAGCCAUUGUAGCAGCGUUGGGAGAGGAAAGAAAAUCUCUCGCAGAGAAGAGGCUUUGGGCUGCCUGCGCCUGGCACAAGGGGAAUUGCUGCGAAGGGGGAAGCUUCCUGCUGCACAUGCCAGAGGUGCCUCUGGGGAAUGUGACAUCAGCACCAGGAGCCAGGGCUGCGGGAGAGGAAAAAACACUCGCGUAUCCUGAAAGAAGAGCCCAGCUCGCCUCCUGAGCAAGCAUGUCUGCAAAAGAGAGGCAAAAAAGCAAAGUAACCAAGGACAGCGUCACCCUAUUGCCUUGCUUCUAUUUUGUGGAGUUGCCCAUAUUGGCAUCUUCAGUUGUUAGCCUCUAUUUUCUUGAACUCACUGAUGUUUUCAAGCCAGUUCACUCUGGAUUCAACUGCUAUGACAAAAGUCUGAGCAUGCCAUAUAUUGAACCUACACAAGAGGCUGUUCCUUUCCUGAUGCUGCUUAGUUUGGUUUUUGCUGGGCCUUCAAUUACAAUAAUGGUAGGAGAAGGAAUUCUCUACUGUUGCCUGUCAAAAAGAAGAAAUGGGAUUGGAACGGAGGCCAAUAUUAAUGCAGGAGGCUGCAACUUCAACUCUUUCCUUAGAAGAGCUGUCAGAUUCGUUGGUGUUCAUGUGUUUGGCCUUUGUUCUACUGCUCUCAUUACUGACAUAAUACAGCUAUCAACAGGGUAUCAGGCACCAUAUUUCCUGACCGUAUGCAAGCCAAACUACACAUCCCUAAAUGUAUCUUGCUCAGAAAACUCAUACAUUGUGGAAGAUAUUUGCUCAGGAUCUGAUACUACAAUCAUCAACGAUGGAAGAAAGUCAUUCCCUUCUCAACAUGCCACCCUGGCAGCCUUCGCAGCUGUGUACGUUUCAAUGUACUUCAAUUCCACGUUAACGGACUCCUCUAAACUUCUAAAACCUCUACUGGUCUUUGCUUUUAUUAUCUGUGGAAUUAUAUGCGGCCUGACUCGUAUCACACAGUACAAGAAUCACCCAGUUGAUGUUUAUUGUGGAUUUCUAAUAGGAGGAGGAAUUGCUCUCUAUUUGGGCCUGUAUGCUGUUGGGAAUUUCCUACCAAGUGAAGAGAAUGUGUUUCAUCAGAACCUGCACAGAGAACCGUUAAGAUCUUUAACAGACCUUAGUCAAGAUGCCAACAGAAUUUUACCGGGUAAAAAUGGUGGCAGCAGUGAUGGAAUUUCUUCUCACCAUUCUGAGAGUAUCUUGAAUAGAAACCAUAGAGAUUCUGGAUCCCUAACUAACAUCAAGAGAGCAAAUGCUGAUGUAGAGAUCAUAACUCCACGGAGCCCCAUGGGAAAGGAAAAUAUGGUUACCUUUAGCAACACUUUGCCAAGAGUUAAUACACCAUCACUAGAAGAUCCAGCUCGACGAAAUGCAACAAUUCAUGCAUCAAUGGACUCUGCCCGUUCCAAGCAACUUCUUUCUCAAUGGAAGAACAAGAAUGAAAGUCGAAAGUUGUCUUUACAGGUAAUAGAGACUGACUCUGGACAGUCACCACCAAGAACUAUUGAAAUAAGAUCCAGCUCUGAGCCAUCUAGAGUGGGCGUUAAUGGGGAUCAUCAUGGCCCCACCAAUCAGUACCUAAAAAUUCAGCCUGGUAGUGUACCAGGCUGUAACAAUACUGGUCUUUCAGGUGGGCCCAGAGUCUCUAUUCAGUCACGCCCAGGGUCUUCACAGCUAGUACAUAUUCCUGAAGAGACACACGAAAAUAUAAAUACAUCUCCAAAAAGUAGUUCAGCUAGAGCAAAAUGGCUGAAAGCUGCAGAGAAGAGUGUUGCAUGUAGAAGCAAUAGUCAGCCAAGAAUCAUGCAAGUGAUAGCCAUGUCAAAGCAGCAAGGUGUGCUUCAGAGCAGUACUAAGAAUUCAGAGGGUAGCACAGUUACCUGUACUGGAGCCAUCCGGUAUAAAACCUUGACAGAUCAUGAACCAACCGGUAUUGUCAGAGUUGAGGCCCAUCCAGAAAAUAACAGACCGCUGAUUCAGAUGCCAUCAGAAGGUGAAGGGAGUGGAUCAUGGAAAUGGAAAGGUCCUGAGAAAGGCAGCCUUCGGCAAGCAUAUGAACUCAAUGAUCUCAAUAGGGACUCUGAGAGCAGUGACUCCUUGAAAGACAGUUAUGGGUCAGGUGACAGGAAAAGAAGUAACAUAGAUAACCCUGAGCAUCACCAUCAUGGAAUUACCACUAUUAGAGUCACACCAGUUGAAGGAAGUGAAAUUGGCUCUGAGACACUGUCCAUUUCCUCUAGUCGGGACUCUACACUUCGAAGAAAAGGUAACAUCAUUUUAAUCCCUGAAAGAGGGUGCAGUCCAGAGAACACCAGAAACAUCUUCUAUAAAGGAACAUCCCCCACAAGAGCAUACAAAGAAUGAAAUCAGAAGUAUCGGCUGAUCCGUACCAUCAAGAAUUAAAUACAUUUUGAUAAAGCUCCUGCUCUAUUUGUUUUUGAGCUGAUGUUAGAAAUAUCCUUGAUGUGCCAAAUUACUGAUCAUCAGCCUGACUCUUUUUUAAUGUUGCUGAUGUGUGGUGUGCAUGAGUCUGUGCAUAUCAUAUAGUGGGGGGAAAAGCACAAUGCAAGAACCUAACUAAUGUGAAGAGCUUUCUUAGAACUUCAGACUCAAAAUAUUUAUCUGAGGGUGAUGAUGUCAAUCAAAAAUAAGAGUCUUGAACAGACACUUUAUUUCCUGAAUGUGCCAACUUUUUUAUUUUAUUUAUAUUUACGUCCGAGGACAAAUCAAUUUUUCACAGCAAAGGCUGUAUCAGUGUUGUAUAAUCACCUUUGCAGAGUUUGCACCAAAACUUUAAUACAGGAUGGUGCUGAUUACAAUUUUACAUAUUUUGAAAAAUUUACAUACCUGUUUAAUUCUACAGACCCAUGAUGUGUUGGUGUGCAGUUACUUUAAAAGUAAUGUCAAUAAUACUAUGAUGAUGCUGGCUGCAUUCAUUUAGAGUAGGAAAUAUUCACAGCUUUGUUAUAGUGGAUCUGUCACAUUAAAAGAUUGCAAAGGUUUUGUGUAGUUCUUUAAAAUGUCUACUGCAACAAAAAAUAUGUGGGUGACGCUCCAUUAGAAUGGAAUAUCUAUCUGUUUUGAAUAGUUUUGCUGCUGUUAUUGCUCAACAUUUGUUUAAGUACAGGUGCUACUAAUGAAGAGGCUGCUUCUUAGUGGGCUAACUUGUAGAACUGUUUUAAAUAUUGUUUUUAAAGGGGUCUUUUAAAAGUACUUACAGUAAUUCUGAUUCUACAUUCUUACAACCUCACAUUUUGUCUCUCUUCAGAUCUUACAUGUUUCUGUUAAUUUUUUAUUGGAUAAUGCUUGGCACUGAUAAUUGAACAAUGAAAAAUUGUGACCCACACAAUUCGAAAUUGCCACUGCCUGAUCAGCUGCCAGCUACUGAGUAAUUAGUGGUCUAGCUUACACUUAGAAGUAGUCGGUCACUUCACUUGCUUAGUUUGGCACACGUGGCCCAUACAUUUCACUCCAGUCACAGUCAUGUGAGUCCUUAUUUAUGAUGCUUUGCUUUAAAUUUGAAAUGCCUUGGUAUUAACAGUAUUAGAGAGUGUUACAUUGUGCCACAGCUAUAACUGAGUUCCCUGAGUCAAACUCAGUAGGAGCCUUCUUUAAGCAUGACUUCUUUUUAGUUAAAGGGGUGGAGUCCUUGUAUCUGAGAGAACAUAAAUUAACUCUUAGGAGCAUUGUUCUUAUCAAGAAAUGAAAUUGCCUGUGUUAGAAGGAGUUUCUGAAUGAGUGAACUCAAAAAGGAACAAACAUUGCAUUUUCCUAGAUACACAGGAAAUAAAAACAUGGAAGGGAUGUGGUUUAGUUAGACCUCCAGCUUUAUUAACUUAACUCAUCUGGGAAUUAUCUGGCAAUAACUUGUCCAGGGCAGGUCAUCAUUCUUUUUUCAUUGUUUCUACAUGGUGGAGUGCUGUCAUCAUGCUCCCAUUCCUCAACAUUUAGUCCCAGUGUAUUCCUCUCCCUCUCCUACAUGAGGAUUAGAGGGCUGAGGAAAGAUGUUGUUUGGAUAGACAUUUGUAGUCCCAAACAACUUUCCUCAGCUUCUUCAAAGAAUGCCUUCCACAAAGUCCCAUGCCAAUUUUAGGUAUGAGGGAAUGGGACCCCUAAGGAAGAAUAUGGCCUGGACAAGAAAUAUGUACAAAAUCGCUACAGCUGGGAGCUAGUUCCCUGACCUACCACACUACCACAAUGAGUCCCUAAGCUGCUAUGAAGAAAGGGGCGGGGGGGGCGCAAUCCUGCCACAGCCGAUCUAGCAAUGAAACAAAAACUCUUUCCCAGUCCCAAGAGGGGCAAGUAGCACAAUGUCUACAGCAGACCAAAAAACCCAGUCCUAUGUUAAUCCCUGUGGUGGGACGAUGGGAGCAGUUAAUACGAGAAUGAGAAAAGAUGCUGGCCAGAGCAGCAGGAUUUAUAUACCUUCCCCAGGUUCCUGGGGCCCAAUAACUUACCUGAAUUCCAGUGCUUCCCCAACUCUGCAAGUAUCCCUUAAAGAAACCAUUACCCUUUUUCCUUCUGCUCUAGACAAAGAUUUCACAAUGCCUUUGAGGUUGCAAGGAAUAUGCUGUACAGGUUAUAUUUAAUGUACUAUCCAAUGCUAUUGCAACCUGCUGCCAAUGGUCUAUAAGGCACAAAAGCUGGGGAACUUAAUCACAGAAACUUGGGAACAGUGAGAAAAGGAGUAAUUUUUAAAGAAAAUAUGUUCAGAGAUUAUAGUAUUUACAAGUUAGGUUUGAGGGUUUGUUUUUUAAACAGAUGAGUCUUUGCUCCUUGGUAUUUAAUAUCAAAUCUUUUUUACAUAUUUCCUAGGGAUGGCAAACACAUGGAUUGUCUUGGACAAAAGUAGUUGGUUUUAGUUUAGUGUAGGCACACAAUAAAGCAGGUAUUAGCUUUAAAGGAAUGGAUGAAAUGCAAUCAUUGUUGGCCUAUCAAUGCAGGGAGGUCAGACACAAUCAUUAGCCUGUAAAUGCAGGAGGAGGAAACGUAAGUAGAUGAACCUGAACAAAAUGGAAAACUGGAAUGGCAAAUAAUGGCAAUAAAACAAGGAUUAAAAAAUGUUCCCUCUGGUAAUUUGUCUGUUUUGGAAACGGCAGGGAUUCUGGCAGGAGUGUUUGCUCUUUAUUCCUUUGUUUUAGGCAGAUGUAUAUUGGCCUAUAUCGUAUGUUGCUUUUGUUACUCUGAAAUUUGCUGCAUUAUUUAAAGUGCAGUGUGAUAUUUUUCCUAUCUAAGCUUUCCUAUUUCUUAACAAAAAAAUUUUAAAGCACUUGUGAAAUCAUUUAAAUUGUGUUCUUUACAUAAAUAUUGAUAUAUUGUUUUUUACUCAAAGUGCCAAAGGCUACUCUUUUUAAUAAUGGCAUAUCAAAUUAUAUUAGAGAACAGAAAUGUAAUAAUAUAUACAUUGGAACUCAGACCUCUGCAUGUAUAUUUGAUAAGGAGCCUUUUGUAAAAUUAAUCUUUGUUUACAUUCCACUGAUACCUUAAUUUAAAAUAAUCAGAUAAAUUGACAGGUGACAUCUUCUUAGUGUUCUACUUUUUCUUACUUGCUAGCAGGAGCACCAAUUUCUUUGUUAGGCUGUGCUUUACUGAGAAAAAAAUACUGGAUAAAAACCAAUAUGUUUUUAAAUGAGAAUUCUAUAUAUAAAGUAUUGUGUUUAAUAAAAUGUUAUGCAAUGUUUUCAAAUGGACAAAAAUUUGUAAAUUGCUAUAAAUGUAUUUUGUUAAAUAAGUACAGAUCAAUGCUACUGUGUGAGUUUAUUGUGCUAACAUCAUAAAAAUAAAGAUAAAAUUCCUCAUUGACA